UUGAACUACUGUUGUGUUUUUAGGCACCCUGUGAUUUUGCACCUGCCAGAGCUGCUACAUCAAGUCAUGUGACUUAUGACAACCCUGGGUGUCUUCAAGGAUCGUUUGACCAGAGCAGCCACAUAUUCGGGGAAAAUGCAGGUAAGCAGUGUGCUACAAAUGGCAUAGCGGCAAUUAUGACCCACACCACCCAUAGCGUUCUCAAAUGGAAAAAAAAGAACAUUCAUCAUAUUCUAAAACAAGGUAAUGGCUUGUACACAUCUAUGCUAGAAAAUAAGGAAAUCAGUGCAGCCAAAACCAGUGGUCAUAUUUUCAUUUCCGAGUUACCCAGACACUGCAAAUUCAACAAUAAAUUAUUUAGUUUGGAAUAUUUUGAUACACUCACUGGAAGUCUUGAUCAAAAGGAUGUUUAUGACGCUUCUUUGCAAAACAUAGCCAUGCCUUUAGAAGAGGCUAUUCAGAAGACACUGCUGCAGACAGAAACAUGCUUGCUCAACAUCCAAGGAAGUGUCUGUGCCAUUUUCAAGGUCGAAACUGCUUUUGCAGUUUUCGAUCCUCAUUCUCGUAGUACUUGGGGUUCGGUUGCACCGGAUGGAACCAGCAUAGUAGCGCACUAUGCUACUGUGUAUGAGUUAUAUGACCAUAUUGAGAACCUUGUCAAUUCCUUAUAUCAAAAUCAUCCACAUGCUUUUGAUAUCCCAAACAAGGUGUUUGAAGUCACUGGUGUGAAAGCUGUUGAGGUAAACUCACCAUUUACUGCUUUAACUGCACAGCCUGAAGCCAGCACUUCGGCACAUGACGGUACUUUGGACACUGACAGUGACUCUGAUCUCUGUGUCCUUUCGGUAACAGAUAGAAAUUCCCUUGCAGUAAAAACUUAUUUUUCCCUUGAAACUGUGCAGCCUGUAGCAAACACUUCUACAUGUGACACAACUGUGAACAUUGACAGUGAUCUUCCAAUUCACACAAAUGGUGGAUCAGAUGUCUGUUUAAUUUCUGUAUCAGAUAGACCCAAUAUAAUAUUUACUGGAUUGACAUUAAGCGAAAAAAACAGGAUCUGCAACAAACUGAAUAUCGUACCAACUUUAGAUCAAAAUAUUGUUGCACCAUCCUUCGAUAUGACACAGCCUGAACCAUGCCAUACAACAUCCAUUGAAGGUGACGGUAAUUGUUUCUUUCGUUCUCUUUCGUCUGUAAUUAGUGGUUGCGAGUCAAAUCACAAGGCCUUUAGAAAGGCUGUAGUGAAUCACAUCUCAAAUAAUUCCCUUCAUUACGUUACUUGUCUAAGACAGCAAUUUGCUUCUGUGGAGCAAUAUCUCAGGGACUCAAAAAUGAAAUAUGUUGGAUCUUGGGCAACAGAGUUGGAAAUACAAGCUUCUGCUGAUUUGCUCUGCGUUGAUAUUUACACAUACAGUCAACAGAAAUGGAUUACGUUUACGGCGACCAUUGAGCAGAAUUCAAGAAAAGCUAUAUAUCUGAGACACUGCAAUGAAAGCCAUUAUGAACCAAUUGCAUGUGUCAAAGAAAAAACCUCGCUUACAUGCUUUAGUUUAACUAGCUUCUGUGAAACGUCGCACAAAAUGUCCAAUGCAGACCGUGUUUCACCUCGUAAAAAAAUUACUGAUAAAGUAUAUAAUGUAAGAAUAAAGAAAACCUAUGCUGAAGACACAGAAUAUAGGCGAGUUAAAAAGCUAAAAAUACAAGAAAGAUAUAAUUGUGAUGAACAGUAUCAAGCAAAUCGGAAAAACAGCAGUAUUGAAAAAUAUGCUAAUAAUGAACCGUUCAGAGAACAAGUAAAAAACAGCAGUAUUGAAAAAUAUGCUAAUAAUGAACCGUUCAAAGAACAAGUAAAAAACAGCAGUAUUGAAAAAUAUGCCAUUAAUGAACCGUUCAAAGAACAAGUAAAAAACAGCAGUAUUGAAAAAUAUGCCAAUAAUGUAACGUUUAAAGAACAAGUAAAAAACAGUUUCGAAAAAUAUACUAAUAAUCCUGCCCAUCGUAAACAGCUGAUACAAAGAAUUGUAAUCAAAUACAGAGAAGAUCCGGCUUAUAAACCCUCAGUAAUUGAAAGAAACUGUCACAAGCGACUUAAUCUAACCCUCUUAAAACAUAAUAUCGACUAUGUAAUUGAACUCUUCCAAGAAGAGGUCAAACAUGGUCCAGAGCAUGUUUGUUGUUCAUGUCACAGAUUAUUGUUCCGAAAGCAAGUAAGAUUAUGUGACAUAACUUCAUAUGAAUCCAAGGCUUCAACUGUGUCAGCAAUUGCAAAACAAUGCAUUACUACAACAUAUCUCCAUCAAUGUGAUAUUGCAUGUUUAACGCCAUGCACACUAAAACAGACAGUUGCUGGGAAAUUGUGGAUAUGUUUCAGUUGCAACUCCAAGAUACUCAGUGGUAAGGUUCCCCAGGAGAGCGCUGUGAACAAUAUGGCAUUGGAUCCAAUUCCGGACGAAUUAGGCACACUGAACUCAUUAGAACAACACCUGUGCGCAUUGAAUAUUCCCUUUAUGCGACUUGUGGCAUUGCCACGAGGUUCUCAGAAUUCUGUCCAUGGGCCGGUGACUUGCGUUCCAUCAAACAGCGAUGUAGUCACUUCGGUUCUCCCUAGGCUAGAAAAUCAAGAUUUAAUGAUCCGAAUAAAACUGAAAAGAAAACUUACUUAUAAGGGGCAUUAUCAGUAUCAAUAUGUGCACACUCAAAAAAUCCAAAAUGCGAUAGCAUGUUUAAAGGACAUCAAUAAAUGGUAUAAGGACAUAGACUAUAACGCAGAAUGGGAAAAUCCCUUGCCAGAAGAUGCAUGUUCUGUUUUGAAAGAAUGCAACCCAGUUAAUGACACUCCAUCUGCACCUGAAAGCAGUGACAUUACAACUCAAUCAGACCAGGUGUCGGAUGAUGAAGAAGCUGACCACAUAUAUGAAACUCAAACACACGGGUUACUCUUGGACACAUGUUUGCAACCGAUUGAUAUCGCACAAGAAAUAUUUGAUCAGCAUUUCGAAAGUGUUUUAUCAAUAGCUCCAGCUGAGGGCAACAGUCCUGUUAGGCUGCUGACAGAUAAGGGCAAUGAAGCAAAAUGUUUCCCAACUCUUUUCCCCAAAGGGACGGGUACAUUCCAUGAUGCACGGCCCCACAGGCUCACUCUCAGUAGAUACAUCAACACACGAAUCCUAAAUGCUGAUGGGAGGUUUAGCAGCAAUUUGGACUACAUUUUCUAUGCUCAAUAUUUAUCUGAGGUCAAUCAGGUUGUUUCCAAGGUGUCCAUAGCAUUGAGAAAAGGUUACCAUGCAGGGGAAUCAUUGGCUAUAACUUCCGCCAUGCUUUCAAACAAAGACUAUGUAAGUAAUGUCUUAAAAACCGAUCUCGGUUACAAGUUCCUUCAACCGAUCCGAGGGACUCCAGUUUUUUGGCAAGGUGUACAGAAAAAUCUAUUUGCUAUGGUUCGUCAGCUUGGUGUCCCUACUUGGUUCUGUUCAUUUUCAUGUGCUGAUUUACGCUGGACUGAACUCAUCGAUGUUUUCAUGAGACUACAGAAAAUACAGGGAAACGUCAACGACCUGGACUGGUCACAGAGGUGCAAUUUACUCAAAACUAAUCCGGUUACCGCGGCAAGAAUGUUCCAACACAGGUUUCAGACUUUCCUAAAUGACGUCAUCAAGUCACCAGCUAACCCCAUUGGUAAAGUUAUCGAGACAUUUUUUAGAGUUGAAUUCCAACAACGCGGCUCACCCCAUACUCAUUGUCUGUUCUGGGUAGAAAAUGCACCGAAAAUAGGCAAAAACACAGACCAAGAAGUCACACAAUUUAUUGAUAAAUACAUCAGUUGUGAACUCCCGCCAGCAACCGACGCAUUGCAUGAAGUUGUUUCCAGCGUUCAAAAACACAGCUCCAAGCACUCAAAGAGUUGUAGGAAAAAAGGCACAACAUGCAGAUUUAACUUUCCACGUCCUCCAAGCAACCACACCUUUCUUUGUAGAAGUAAAACAGACGAGAACCAGGAGGUAACAGACGCUGAUCCGAUAGACGUCUCUAUAUUAGAAAUGCGAAAAGAAAAAGAGGUGGCUAAAAGUGUCAUGACGAGGGCCAAACAUGCUCUUUCAAGUCCAGACCUAACCUUCGACACUGUGGAUCAGCUAUUUGCUUCCAUUAACAUCACCCAGGAAAUGUUUGAAAAUGCCUACCGAUUGACAACCAAUAAAAACGCGGUUGUACACAAACGCAACCCAUCAGAUGUUUACGUUAAUCAAUACAACAAAGACCUUUUGCGUUGCUGGGAUGCCAACAUGGACAUACAAUAUGUCUGCGAUGCUUUUGCUUGUGUAGUAUACAUAAUAUCCUACAUCUCAAAAGCAGAACAAGACAUGGGCUUAUUGUUACAACAUACUCAAAAUGAAAUGAAAAAACAUGGAAAUUUAGAUGCAAAACAAACACUCAAUAAGUUGGGAAGUGUCUUUCUCCACAAUCGCGAGGUCUCAGCUCAAGAAAGUGUUUAUCGAGUCACAAACAUGCAUCUCAACGAAUGCUCAAGACUGGUCACAUUUAUCCCUACUGGUGAAAAUACCGUCAGAAUGAGUUAUCCUCUCAGUGUCAUUCAAAGCAAAGCAGAACAGGGUGACACAUCAACAGACUCGAUAUGGAUGACGAGCAUAACGGACCGCUACAAAAACCGCCCCCAGGGCGCAAUUUUUCAUGAUAUUUGUAUAGCCACAUUUGCUUCAAAAUACAGAGUUCUGUACGGGAAAGAGCAGCACAGCCAGGGCUCUGUUAAACUGGAAAAUAACACUGGCUUUGUUAAGAUGAGAACUAGGGGACCUGAUGCUGUUGCUAAAUACGCUCGUUUCUCACAAACCAAAUAUCCAGAAAAACACUACCACAGUUUGCUACAAUUGUUUUUGCCUCAUUAUUCAACAGAUGAGUUAAAACCUCCACCGUACAACAGUUAUGAGCAGUUUUACAGGACCGGUUCCAUCACUAACAGCAGCAAUACAACGCAAAGUGUUAAGGAAGUUGUAGAUUUCAACAGAUCCCUGUUUGAAGUAGAUGCAGAUGAGCUCGACAGAUGCCAAGAGGUUGCAGGGCACCGCGGGGCUCACGACGAGGCAUGGGCAGACCUUUGCCCUGAAUCUGAGUUGGAGCGAUUAGAAUGUCAGGAGGAGAUGUCUAACAACAACGACACAAAUCAAAAUGAAAGAGAAGCCAUACCGGACUUGCAGUCGGACGCAAAGGCAACGCUGUCUAAAGAAUUUCCCACACACUCGAUACAAAGAGCUGAAGGUCUGUCCAUUAUGCGCACGUUAAACGAACAACAGACUCAAAUUUUUUACAAAAUCCGCACAUGGUGCCUUGACAAAAUCAAUGGCAAAAACCCAGACCCGUUUCGCGUAUUCAUUUCAGGGGGAGCAGGCACGGGAAAGUCCCACCUGAUUAAAGCUGUGUACUACGAGUCAUGCAGACUCUUUGCAAGAAUGUCCAUUAAUCCAGACGACACUCAUGUUUUGCUAGCUGCUCCUACAGGAGUAGCAGCAUAUAAUAUCAACGGAAGCACAAUACACAGCACCUUUGCUAUUACUACCACUGCCAAACUGCCAUAUCAACCUCUAGGAGAUGAAAGAAUCAAUUCGUUAAGAGCCACCAUGAAAGACUUACAAAUACUCAUUUUGGACGAGGUGAGUAUGGUUGAUCAUAAAAUCCUGACGUAUGUCCAUGGCAGACUACGACAAAUAAAGCAACAAGGAGAUUAUGCAUUGUUUGGGAAUGUAUCAAUCAUGGCAGUUGGUGACUUCUUCCAGCUCGGCCCUGUAAAGGGAACACCUCUUUACCACGAGCAAUUGGUGACCGAUCUGUGGAACAAUCAUUUCACUCACAUUGAGUUGACAAAGAUAAUGCGACAAAAAAACAAAGAGUUUGCUGAAACAUUAAAUCGUCUUAGAAAACACAGAAAAGGAGACAAUCUUUACCAGCGAGAUGAAGUCUUGCUAAGACAACGCGAGACCGGCGAGGGGGAACUGACACAGGACCUUCACAUUUUCGCCACAAACGAUGAAGUGGCAGCCCAUAACAUCGCCAUGUUACACAAGACGUGUACGGAUUUGGUGCAAAUUAAAGCUCAAGAUUCUCAGAGAAACCCUACCACAGGACAAGUAACAAGAAAAAAUAAUCCAAGAUUUGAUAGUCAGACAUGUUUAAGCAGAACGUUAAUCGUUGGUCCAUCAGCUCGCGUAAUGCUCAUCAAAAAUAUAGAUCUGUCAGAUGGAUUGGUCAAUGGUGUAUUCGGUACCGUUUGCAAAAUCACCUUUGAAGGGAACGUUCAGUUUCCCAAAACCAUUUUGGUUAAGUUUGACAAUGACACAAUCGGCAGGAAACUGAGGAGUAGGUCUAUAUGCUUUGAGCCUCAAUUUCAACAAGCAACACCCAUAGAUGCUGUGGAAGACAAAGUAAUGACUGGUGGAUCUAGACGCCAAUUCCCGUUACGCCUAGCAUGGGCCUGUACCAUACACAAAGUUCAAGGUUUAACUUUAGAAAGAGCUGUAGUGUCCCUUAAAAGGAUAUUUGCAGCUGGCCAAGCAUAUGUAGCAUUAAGCCGAGUAACGUGUGAGGAAAACCUUAUCAUUCAAGACUACGCAGCCAAAGCCUUCUAUUCGAAACCAGACAUCGACAUUUCCCUGCAAAAAAUGGAACCAUUCAUUGCAACUCCACCAGCAGAAAUAACUUCAACCCUCAAAAUAUGCCUCCACAACAUUCAAGGUCUAUGUCAACACAUGGAAGACCUUAAACAUGACCAGAGAAUCUUGAGUGCUGACAUCAUUUGCGUGACAGAAACAUGGCUGGAACAAAGCACAUCAGUCAGUUCCAUUGAAAUGCCAGGUUGGACUUUUAAUCACAAACUCCGGUCCCAAUCCUACCAUAACAUGACCCAAUUCCAAGACUUGGUAAACAAACGGCACGGUGGUGUGGGCUACUAUCACAAAGACCACAUCACUUGUAACAUUAUACACAUGCCGUGCAGUGACUUGGAAGCCAUCAUGUUUAAUGUUCAGCCUUUGAAUUACAAUUUCAUUGUGCUGUACAAACCGCCAUCAUAUCAACUCGCCUUAUUCAAACAAAAUCUCGCUUUGGUAAUGCAACAAUUUAACCAACUUUCAGGAGGAAAGGUAAUUAUGGGUGACUUCAACGACAAUGCCCUUGUUUCUAAAUCUGCAGAAAAUUUCAUGCAACAACAAGGUUACACCCAAAUUGUCUCUUCGCCAACAACAGAAAACGACACAACAAUUGAUCACGUUUACAUUCGUGACAUUAGUCCCACUGAUAUCAAAGUGCAAAUUCUGUCCACCUACUACUCCGAUCAUGAGUGCCUCUGUUUAGAUUUCCUUCUGUAACUGGUUAGCUCGUUUAGCUCGCAGGUUUUAGCACUACCCAAUAUUUUAAAUGUUUUGUCUGUCUUUUCUAUUUAUUCAAAUAAAUAAUAAAUAUUAAAUAUUAUAUAUUUUUUAUUUUUUUACAUUUUCUAUUUUUUCUAAUAAAUCAUGAAUUUUCUCCCCAUUAUUUUUUUUAUGGAUUUGCCCCU